AACAGUUAUAUUUAUCAUUUGUACCUAUCGAUGUUGUCGAAAGAUAUCAAGCUUUUCUCGAAAAUACAUAUUCGCUUUCAUCGACACAAAUAUUUUAUAAUUGCUCUAUACCAUGGUUUGGUGAAUUUUGUCAAUAUACAUUCAAUUCGACAUUAACAUUUGAAAAUAUUGUAAUCGCUUUAGACUUGGCUCAAUCACGUCGUUACCCAUUUCAGAAUGGAUCAUGUUAUACAUUCUUAAAAUGUGAUCGAGGUCCAGCACCAUCUUGUCUCGACUGGAGAGAAAUAUGCGAUGGAAAAAUCGAUUGUUUGGAUGGAGGUAACGAUGAAUUAGGUUGUGAAGAGUUAAUUACACACGAAUGCAAGGAUGAUGAAUUUCGCUAUAGCAAUGGAUUUUGCAUUCCAAAACAAUUUUGGAAUGAUAAUGCACGGUAUCUGGAUUGCAUGGACCGUUCAGAUGAACUAUAUGCGCAACUUUUUGCGAAUGGUGACCUGUCAGGAAGUUGCGACUCGAUUCAAGUAUACGAUUGUGAAGAGACAGGAUGUCAAAAUGAACGAUUGCUUGCAUGUGGUACUGGUGCUUGCAGUAUGACAAGAUGCUCUAACGGUCGUAACCUUCUAUUAUUACAAGCAAAAUUAUCUAGAGAUGCAAAUUCUCAUUUAUCUUCUGAUUGUUGGACAAGUUUGAUUUGUUUGAGCGUUUCGUCUGUCAAUCGUUUUGGACUCAUUGAUGAAAUGACAUGUGCAGAAAAAAAUGUUAUUGAAAGUAUCUUUCGACAAAGUUGUCCGCCAUUUUUCUUUUUUCCUGCUCAGCCGAUGGUGCUGAAUCAUGUACGCUUUGCCUAUGUCAAGAACUCCACAAAUAAUUAUCGGUUGGAUCUUCUUUUGCCUCAUUAUGUAUGUUACGAUCACCAACUCUGCGAAUGGCUUCCGCCUACUAUUUUAAUAAAAAAUUCAACGUGUCGAACUUUAUUUGAAUUGAACUUAGGUAAAGAGUUUGAAUCACGGGAAUCUUUAGAAUAUAUUAUAUUGAAGUUUUUCCUCAAAUGUUCGACUACUAUAAAUAAUUAUGUUCAAUGUCCAAAAUCAAAACCAUUUCGAUGUGCAAAUUCGUCAAAAUGUCUUGCAUUGAAUCGACUUCUUGAUGGUAUUCCCGAUUGUUUCCUAGGUGAUGACGAAAACAU